AUGUCUACUGAUCAGAAGUCCUCUGCAGCGUGGUCGGGUAUGUCUGCUGAUCAGAAGCAUAUUCCCGCUGAGGAGGUUCAGAAUAUUAUCAAAAAGGUACUUGAUGAUGUUAUUGGUGGAAAUUCCUAUAAUCCCAGCGAGAGUGCCAAUUGGAAUCAAUCUGCUGUUGAAAAUAUAACUAAGCGAUUAGUUGAGUACCAAAAACCAUAUAAAUAUAUUGUUACUUCUUCGUUACUUCAAAUUGCUAAUGGAUCGGGUCUUAAUGUCAGUACAAUUUCAUAUUGGAACAAAAUGACUGAUGUUACUUAUCAACACCGCUGGGAAACUAAAAAUAUGCUUGCAGUUGUUUAUGUAUUUGCUGUUGCCGUUUAA